UGCGCCAAAUCAGCAAUGAGCUGACAUUGAAACAAACCAGCUCAGCAGUAAAACAAUACAAAUAAAAUUGGUAGUUUUGUGCUCGCGUUAGUCGCGUUAAGAUGAAAUUUUUUCAAAUGUCUCUGCUAUUAUUAAGUGCCGGACUUUUUGAUUCAAUGCUUGGCGGCUCUAACGUCAUACCCACCAAAGAAGAACAAGCAAAUUUGCUAACAAACGUCCAGGAAGUGUUUGAACAAGUCAAAAUCCUAGUCAAUGUAGAGGCCAAUUCGACCGACAAAUCGGUGGUUUGUGACAUAAAUAAAAUGGUCGAAAGGGCUAAAGACAAACUGGAGCUGGUCGAAGAACUCUCACUCACCAAAAUGUCUUGCACGAAUAACGCCGUUUGCAUGCUCGACUCCAAACAAACGAUUCAAAAACUGACCGAAGAAGGGAUUUCCGCUUUGAAAUCGUGCAUCGAGCGAGGAUCACAGGAUGUGUCCACCAACUCUUUAAAUUUGAUGAAUUCGACGGUGUUUGCGACCGAAUGCGGUCAAAAUUUACUAGACACGCUGUAUAAUUGUAGCAGGAAGCCGGGAUUGCAGGUAAUUUCCUGCUACAAGGAUGUGAUCGCAAAGGACGUGGCUCCGGUUAAAAGGAUGUUAUUGGGUGCGAUUGAAGCGCACAAAGAGGGACAUUUCAGGACGAUCGAAAUUCGAAAUAUCGCCAAUGAUUGUGUCGACCAAAUUAUGGAGAAAUAUCAGACGAGGAUUGCGAAAGUUUUGGGCGAUGCGUUACGUUGUACUUGAUUUUUUUUUAAAUAAAUGUUUAUAAAAAUACCUACUGGUAGUUUGGAGUCGGUUCGUUUCAAGGCGAAGAUGCCGACGGGGAAGAGGCCGAAUUUUUCGUCACCGGUG